UUCUCAAAUGGAACGUUUAGUUUGGUUGUUUUAAUUAUUUCUAGUUUAUAAGCAAAAUCGAAAUCCAGUUUAGAUUUUAAAAAUUUAAUUAAAAAAUUAAUUAAAUUAAAAGAAAUUAAACGAAAUAGCUAUAUUAAGUAACUUUCUAAUUCAGUCACGGAUUUUCAGUGAUGAUAAAAGAUUAGUUAGAGCGCGCAUUUCACCUGCGCUGCAGGUAACCAUAGCAACAGUAUGUUGUUUCUCCAAGUGCUCUUCGUAACGAGCUUUUUCAUGCGGUUCGUCGAUGAGUGAGUCGGUAUCACUUUAUCACUGCUUAUAACACAUUUACAUAUCACAAUUAUGUCACAAAACAACGUUUUUACUGUAUAAGUACAGUGUUAGUGUUAAUGUGUUAGUGUGACAUACUACAAACUGUGUUGCGAGCGAUAAUAUUCAACAGACUGCGCCCGAAAAUUACCUUAACAUUUAAUUCAACGUCUACUAAUAUGUUGGACGUUUAAAAGUAUUACAUUUUUACAGUUAUUUUAUAAAAGUCGACGUCUCUGAAAGGUAUUGUUUCGUGUGAACACCGUGUGCACUAAAGUAGCCUAGGCUAGUAUUAAUUAAACAACUUUUUUUUACUUUAAAAUGUUUUACUAUGCCUUGUCUAAGCGUCUUUCUCUAUUGUCUUGCAUUUUAUUUUAAUCUAGGUUUCAAAAUAUUCGUUAAACCCUAAGUUAAAACUUCUCAGUUAGAUACUCAAGUUCUUUUUAUCCUUAACACAGUUCUUUCAAGCUCACUAAAUCCCUAGUGAGCUGCUGAAACUGAUUCUUUCUGCCCAUCAGUCGCUCUCGCUUUGUGCUCUCUCACCGGCUUCCAAGCCAAGAUCUGUUUGUCCAAUCAGUGCUGAGAAAGGUCUCAUCUUAUGAAUAUUAAUGACCGGUUCGACCAAUCACGAUGUGGGAGUGCUUCACAGGAGAGCGUUUAGUUGCGCGUUUUCCAACAGCAGCAUAUAACUGUAUGUGUCUAUUUGAGUUCGUACUGAUGGCGAAGGUGACUUCUUGUUGGUUGGACGCUUUUGGUCGUGUCUGCAACUUAAUGGAUACAUAAAAGGGACAUUUAUGAAUUUAAAAGCGCCGUUUGUGGAUUACAUAAUCUAGAUAUUAGAUGCAGUGGACCGGUAUGAAUCGUCUUUGUCCAAACAUUCAGUCCGGGACUUGUUAAAUGAAGCGGACAUGGAUAAAACCGGUCGUGGGAUACAUGCAGUUUACCAUUUAUUCUUUCUGUGGCUCUCGGUUUGCCCUCUGUGCUCUCAGGGAAGCUGGAUGUGGUUGGGCAUCACAUCUGUAGGAGUGCCCGAGAAGUUGGGUUGCGCGCAUUUGCCCCUGUCGCACAAGCAGAAGGAGCUGUGCGCGCGCAAACCGCACCUUUUGCCGAGCAUUAAAGAGGGCGCGCGCCUGGGCAUCAGCGAGUGCCAAACGCAGUUCAAACACGAACGCUGGAACUGCUCGACCCGACGGAACCCGAACGUGUUCGGCUACGAGCUCACCAGUGGGACGAAAGAGACAGCGUUUAUCUACGCAGUAAUGGCUGCCGGCCUGGUUCAUGCAGUCACUCGUUCUUGCAGUGCAGGAAAUAUGACAGAGUGUUCGUGUGAUAUGAGCCUGUUGGGCAGCGGUUCGCCCACGGAGGGCUGGCACUGGGGUGGGUGCUCAGAUGACAUUGCCUUCGGGACUUCGUUCAGCCGUCGCUUCGUUGACAAUUCAGUAAAGAACACAUCAGCCCGUGUUGAGGACACCCUGUUCAUUAUGAAUCAGCAUAACAGCGAGGCUGGAAGACAGGCAGUGGCCAAAACAAUGUUGACAGACUGCCGCUGUCAUGGUGUGUCGGGUUCGUGUGCGGUAAAAACUUGUUGGCGCACAAUGGCUGCGUUCGAGCGUGUGGGCGCCUACCUGAAGGAGCGCUACGAAAACAGCGUUCAGGUGGUGGACCGCUCUAAACAUAAAGUGCGACGUAAGGACAAAGAACAUCGCAACAUGCCUAUUGGCAAAGAAGAGUUAAUCUUCUUCAACAAAUCACCCAAUUACUGCUUGGAGGACCGGCGCUUGGGUGUGAUGGGGACCAGGGGCCGCAAGUGUAACAGAACUUCAGCCGGGCCGGACGGCUGUAACCUGUUGUGCUGUGGGCGGGGCUACAACACGCACGUGGUACGACAUGUAGAACGCUGUGAGUGUAAGUUCGUCUGGUGCUGUUACGUUAGCUGUCGCCGCUGUGAGACGAUGAACGACAUGCACACCUGCAAGUAGAGCAACUACUUGGGGAGUCAUCUUGUGAGUGGAAGUGGACCUUCUUUGUGCUUUCAGCCCAGCUGGGCCUAUACAACAAGCGUGUUGACAAAAUAUCCACGGCAACCGGCAAUCAAAAACCAGGGAGAAAUGGUAUAAUCACUUUUAAGUCCACAUGCGUAACUCUUCCCAUGGGCUUCAAGUGGAAAUCAAGCCAUUUUGUAUAUAAUGACUGCUGAAUAUAACUGGAGCAUAAAGGGAACUAAAAUACUGGGAACAGCAGAAAAAGUGUAAAUAGAUGCUUUUGUUUGGGUUUAAACUGAAGGCUCAUACAGUUAAUGAUGAAUUAUAGUGGGAAUUAUGUAGAUAAUUUGCCAAGAUGUUUUUGAUACAGUGUUUUAUAGGUUGCAUAAGAGAAUCCCUUAAAUAAAAGACAGAAAUAAUUCCCAAAGGAUGCAUUCUGCAAUUGUAGCUUUA